ACUGGGCACACUCGCCACUCCUCAGCGUUGUAUGUCUCACAUUUGUAUAUUUAUGUUCAUUAAAAGACUUUUUAGUGCUCAAAGAGAGAACAAUUAUGUUGAACAGAUUUAGUUUCAUGGAGCAGCUAGUGAAGGUCGAUUUAGGUGUUAAAUGAAGGAAGUUUGACUAUUUCUUCAUUUUUUGGGGGGUUAAAAUUAGGAGUAUUAAAAGGACUACGGUGUUCUUGUUUUUGUUUUUUGGAUGGAAAAAUGGGCGAAAAAGAACUCUCCCUGUACUUUCUCGUCCUCAUCUUCCUCUUCGUCCACCUGCUGCCCACUUCCGCUCGUCGGUCUCACUACUCCGGACGAAUCACGGAGAACUCCCCGGCCGGGACGCCCGUGGACGGGGUGGCCGUGCCGUUGGUAACCGGUGUUUGCCCCGGUAGUGUGGCCCCGCUGAAGGGGAGCUACGCGUCCGACUUCCGUCUCGUUCGCCCCCACGGACGCCGGCGGCACCUGGUCCUGGUGUCAGCCAAACCUCUGGACCGGGAGUUCAUUGCCAUGUACGAGCUGACCGUGGAGCGGUGCGCGGGGGGUCCGGUGCUAAUCCAGGUGGAGGUGACGGACGUCAACGACAACGCGCCGCGCUUCGCCGCCGGUAACCGAACCCUGGAGGUGGACGAGUUCACCCCGCUCGGUACCGAAUUGGCCCGCUUUGACGCCAAGGACGGAGACGCGGAUGUGAACGGACGCGUGACUUUUUACGUACAAGUUCUACCCGAGUCCAGCUUGCUCCGCGUGGACGCCGAAACCGGACAGGUGACGCUGGCGGGCUCCCUCCGGGGUCUGAGCCGAGUCACAGCCGGGCUUUACGUCAAGGACGGCGGGGACCAGCCUCUGGUCGGCGGGCCGGUCUUCCUGGAGGUCCUGGUGCGCCGGUCGUCCAAGCGGAGGUCGCGCGCCCUGGCCGAGGAGGUAGCCUACGCCGUGAGCGUCCCGGAUCAAGCCGGCGUCGGGGACCUGGUUUUCACGAUGCCCGACCGGAGGUUCGAGCGGCGAUGGUUCGAGGUGAGCUCCGACGCCGACUCGCCGGUGCAGAUCGAGAGGGACUCGGGGAGAGUGUUCCUUGCGCGCAGCCUGCAGGAGCCCGUGGAGGUGAUGGUCAAGAUCCACAAACACAAAGGUGACGAGUGGUACCUGUGCCGGUUGACUCUGAGCUCUCUCAGUCAGGCCCACCUGCAGUGGACCAUGUUCCCGGCCCCCUUCCUGGCGGCUGUGGGUCCUGACGCUGCCCCCGGGACCGUGGUCUACCGCCUGUCGUCACGGCAACGCGACGGCACCCUUGGACAACCUCAAUUCCUCCUAUUAGAUGGCGGCGAGGACUGCUUCGAGGUGGACCGGCGCUCGGGCGACAUCAGGACCACGAGGCACCCUCUGGCCCCUAGCCACGAGUAUCACCUGCGGGUUCAGGCCAUGGACGCCGACGGCAACAAAGGUCCGCCGGCCACCGUGUCGGUUCUUGCCGGCUACCGCCCGCCGCAGUUCACUAAUUCCACCUACCAGCUCAGCAUGGCUGAGAACAUGGCCGUGGGACAGCCUGUGGGUGCGGUCCAGGCCGUGUCCUUCCAGAGGAAGACGCUGGCCUACGUGCUGCAGUCGAACCCCGGCAAUCUGUUCAGCAUCAACCAGGAGAGCGGCGCCCUCAGCCUCACCCGUGCCGUAGACUACGAGAGCGGGCACAACGUGCACACGCUGCAGGUCCGAGCGUCCGAGCCCGACACUGGCCUCAGCGGCGUGAGCGAGGUUGUUGUCUGCAUAACAGAUGAAAAUGACUGCACCCCGGAGUUCCUGCACUCCAUCUACACCCGGGAUAACGUUCCUGAGAAUGUCACACCUGGAACGUCGCUGCUGCAAGUUCUGGCCCGAGACUGUGACUCUGGCAUCAACUCUGAGCUCUCCUACUCGGUCCAUGGCAGCGACUUUGACAUCACGUCUGCAGGUGUGAUCAGCGCCGCCCGCCGCUUGGACUAUGAGCGACCCAAUCACAUCUACGAGUUCCUGGUGGUUGCCAUGGAUGCAGGGACACCGCCCCGUACUGGCACCGCCUCCAUACGCAUCCGGGUGGCCAACACCAAUGACGAGACGCCCGUCUUCUCACAGAGCGUAUACAAAACUUUCCUGAGUGAGGACGCGGGCCCAGACACUCUGGUCGCCAUCGUCCACGCCAACGACCCUGACGGCGAUGGCGUCUCGUACGCCAUCACCGGCGGCAACGAGGACAGCAACUUCUUGUUGGACAACCAGAAAGGCAUCAUUAAGCUACGUCGGAGCCCUCCGCCUAGACUGAAGGGCCCUCAGUACGUCCUCACCAUCACCGCCACGGACGACAACGCGUCCGGUGGUCCGUACCCGCUCAGCAGCUCGGCGCAGGUCAUCGUUGGAAUCAAUGACAUCAACAACAACAAGCCCGUCUUCCAGGAGUGUCACAACUACAAUCUGAAAGCUACUAUUCUGGAAAACCAGCCGCACGGGACCUUUGUGCUGAGGGUCCAGGCCCAGGAUGCCGACAUGGGGGUGAACGGAGAAGUCAAGUACGGCAUCAUGCACAGGGACGGGGUGUCAUCUAGUUUUGACAUCCAUCCAGACACUGGCGUGAUCACGUCGGGGGUGAGUUUCGACCGGGAGCGACAGCGUGAGUUCACGCUGUCGGUGACGGCCACCGACCAGGCCGAGGAGCCUCUCAUCGGCAUCUGCCAGAUCACCGUCCUUGUCGCAGACCAGAACGACAACGACCCCAAGUUCGAGAACAGCCGUUACCAGUACUUCCUGCGAGAGGACACGGCCGUCGGGACUAGUUUUCUGCGUGCGGCGGCGCAUGACGACGACCAGGGCAGCAACGCGGCCAUCACGUACUCGCUGUCCCCGCAGAGGCCGGCGUACCUCCACAUCAACCCCAGCACAGGAUGGAUUUACGUCAACCAGCCCAUCUCGCAGACGUCCAAGAUCAGCCAGCAGAUCGUGGCAUCGGACGGCGGCAACCGCAGCAGUUCUGUGGAGCUCACCGUCAUCAUCACCAACGUCCACAACCAGCCGCCGCAAUGGGAGCAGCCUGAGUACUGGGUCACCGUGCCCGAGAACACCGUCAGGGACGCCAAGAUCCUGACUGUGAAGGCCACGUCAGCGCUGGGUGACCCGCGGGUCACCUACAACAUGGAGGAGGGUCAAGUGCCCGAGACCAACAUGCCCGUACGCUUCUACAUCAAACCCAACCGGGCGGGCGGCUCGGCGUCCAUCCUGGUGGCCGAGAACCUGGAUUACGAGACCACGCGCUUCUUCGCCCUCAGGGUUCGAGUCCAGAAUGUCGCCGCGGUACCACUCGCCUCCUUCGCCACCGUCUACGUCAACGUCACAGACGUGAACGACAACGUUCCUUUUUUUCUGUCAUCCACGUACGAGGCCACGGUUCCCGAGGGGGCCGAGGUGGGCACGUCAGUGGCUCAGGUGUCGGCCGUUGACUUGGACUCAGGCCUUCAUGGCAUGGUCCACUAUGCCAUCUUGAAGGAUGAGAGUGGAGACUCUGGGUUGUUCAGCAUUGACCCAAUGAGCGGCACCAUCACCACUCGGGCCUCCUUCGACCGAGAACAGAAAGCCUCCUACCUCAUCGAGGUCCAGUCGCAGGACGAUUCUGAAUCAGCAAGACCGGGACAGCAGGGACAGCCCAACACGGACACGGCCUACGUCAGGAUCUUCGUGGCCGACGUGAACGACAACGCGCCAACAUUCCUGUGCUCAGUGUACGAGGUGAGCGUAGAGGAGGACAAGGAGGUGGGCUUUGUCAUCAUCACCGUCACCGCCAACGACUAUGACGAAGGUGCCAACGCCAAGCUGCGCUACCAGAUCGCGGCAGGCAACACCAUGGGCACCUUUGACGUGGAGCCAGAGGUGGGCACCAUAUUUGUGGCACAGCCGCUGGACUACGAGAUGGAGCAGCGGUUUGAGCUGCGACUGGUGGCCUCGGACGGCAAGUGGGAGAACGAGACACUGGUAGUGGUGCAGGUGGUCAACCGCAAUGACGAGGCGCCCGUCUUCAGCCUCAGCGAGUACCACGCCGUCGUCCAGGAGGAGCUCACCGAGCUCCCCGUGUUCAUCAUGGAGGUUUCCGCCACUGAUCCAGACCAAGAUGCUGACCAGACCGCACUACGCUACUCCCUCCAUGGACAGGGUGCGGGCGGCGAGUUCACCAUCAAUGAGCGCACCGGGAGAAUCUACGCCCAACGGCGUCUCGACCGGGAGGAACGUCCGGCCUGGAGGUUCUUGGUCUUGGCCACGGACGAGGGAGGGUCAGGACUCACAGGAUUCGCCGACGUUCUGUUGGAGGUCCGCGACGUCAAUGACAACGCACCCUUCUUCCCAUGCCCGGCGCUGGAAGUAGAUGGCUGUUUCGUGGGCCAGGUGGCGGAGAACUCCCCCGCUGACACAUCCGUCAUGGAAAUGCAAGCCAUGGACCUGGACGAUGCCAACGAGGGCAAGAAUGCAGCGCUGAGCUACAGCAUCGUCAAGAACGUCCGCAAUGAGAUCAACCUCAACCUCUUCUCCAUCAACGCCACCACGGGGACUAUCUACACCGUGCUGCGCUCCCUGGAUCGGGAGGCGGAGGAGCGCUAUCUGGUGGUGGUGGAGGCUCGGGAUGGAGGUGGCUUGGCCGGGACUGGGACCGCAACCAUCCUAGUUUUGGACGUCAAUGACCACCCGCCCAUCUUCACCCAGAGGGUCUAUACUGCCCAGGUAACUGAGGACCUGGAGGUGAACAGCGAGGUUCUUGUGGUGUCCGCCACCGACGGAGACCAGGAUGAGAACGCAGUGGUGACCUUCAGCAUUGUGGGUGGGGAUGAGGACAGGAAGUUUUUGGUGGAGACCGACAAGGUGAACCGACGCGGUGUAAUCAAGCUCAAGAAGAAGGUGGACUUUGAGAAGCCCCAGGAGAGGACUUUCAACCUGACUCUGAAGGCAGAGGAUGCAGAUUUCUUCAGCCUGGCAUACUGUCUGGUGGAAGUGCAGGACGCCAAUGACCAUGCUCCAGUCUUCUUACCGCAGUUCUACGAGUCGCCGGCCAUGUCCGAGGAUGUUCCCGUGGGCACCAUUGUUGCCCAGGUGAUGGCUACCGAUCUAGACUCUGGACAAAACGGACGCUUUUCAUACAGUAUUGCCAAAGAGUCUGACCCCUACAAUCAGUUCCUGGUGGACCAGUCCGGUUGGGUGGUGGUGGCUAACUCUUUAGACCGGGAGAAAAUCUCUCAGCACCGGGUCAUGGUCCUCGCCUCGGACGCUGGCAACCCAAGCUUGACUGGCACAGCCAUCAUCAUGGUUACCGUGCUGGACGUCAACGACAACGGACCAGAGUUCGAGGCACACUACAGGCCGGUGGUGUGGGAGAACACGGCAGCCCCGCAGGCAGUGUGGAUGAAUGCCAGCUCACUGCUGCUGCAUGCUACCGACUGUGACCUCUCCUCUAAUGGCGGACCCUUUUCCAUACAGCUUCUCACUCUUACCGCGAACGCCGCCGAUUUCAACCUGACCGACUUCCGCAAUGGCAGCGCAGCUAUCACUGCCCUGCGAACAUUUGACCGCGAGCGCCAGAAGGAGUACCAACUCCCCAUCCUCAUGAUUGACAGCGGCUCGCCCGCCAUGAGCUCCACUAGCACGCUGACGGUGGUCAUCGGAGACCGGAACGACCACCCCCAUGCGCCAGGACGCACCAGCUUUAUUGUGUACACUUACGAAGGUAUCCUGCCAACGACAGUGCUGGGUCAAAUACCGUCCCCAGACCUCGACGACUGGAGCGAGAAGUCGUAUCGAUUUGAAGGCAAACCAUCCAGGUUGUUCAGCGUGAACCAUAGUUCGGGCCAGCUGAGCAUCAGGGAGGGUGUCCCACCCGGCUCAUACCAGCUACAGGUGCGCGUGUCCGAUCCCACCUGGCCGGACGUCACGUCCACGGCGCAGGUGGAAGUGGUGGAACUGGCGCAGGAAGCGCUGCGGAAUGCCGCCUCCCUCCGAAUACGCAACGUGACAGUAGACGAGUUGUUCUCAUCCAGAGGCGGCGAGGAAAGCCGCUUCUCCCGUUUGGGUCGGACGCUGGCCGAACUCCUGCAGACUGUGCCAAAAAAGGUCCACGUCUUCUCGGUGGGAGACGCCGGUCCAGAGAGGGAGCUGAGCGUGUGGUUCGCCGCCCACGGUUCGGCCUACUACAAGGCCGAGAAGCUGCAUGGCUACGUGGCGGCCAGUAAAGCAAAGCUGGAAUCGGUGCUGGGCAUGUCCAUCUCCCAGGUUGGCGUGGACGACUGUCCCCACACAGACUGCGCUCACUCCGGAGGCUGCUCCACCCAAGUGUCGUUCGGUCAGACCCCGGCGGCCCUCAGCGCGGGCGACGUGUCUUUGGUUUCCCUGCCAGCCAAGACCACGGCACAGUGCGGCUGCCGCGGGCGCGAGGCUACGCACCCGCCUUGCUCGGCCUACCCCGGAAACCCCUGCCUCAACGGGGGCACCUGCGAGGACGGCCCGCUGGGAUACAGGUGCAAGUGUCCGCCCAUGUUCGACGGGCCAGAGUGCCAGCAGACAAAGCACAGCUUCGGCGGUGGGGGCUACGCGUGGUUUCCCCCCUUAGCGCCGUGCUUCCAGAGCCACAUCUCUGUAGAGUUCCUGACGGAGGAGGCUGACGGGCUGCUGCUCUACAACGGACCGCUCGGACCUGCCGCCCAGCCGGGAGAGCCCCAAGAUUUCAUUUCCAUCGAGUUGAAGAAUGGCGUUCCGGUCGUGAAUGUCAACCACGGCUCCGGAACCUUGACCCUGCAGCUGCCGCCCAAAUCCAACGUGGCAGACCGCCGCUGGCAUCGACUCGACGUCAUCAGCGACGGCAAGGCUGUGCAGCUGGUCUUGGAUCAGUGCUCAGGGGCGACGGUCAACGAGCCGCAGGGGGUCGGUGACGGAGACCCCCGGGAGACGGACGAGUCUGGCUGCAGGGUAGCUGGACAAACGCCAGGAAACGAGAGGUAUCUGAAUGUGCAUCAGCCUCUCCAGCUGGGUGGCGUCAAGCACACGUCUCCUCAGCCGCGUUACCCAAGUUUUAACGGCUGCAUCCGCAACCUGGCGGUGGACACACAGGUGUACGACCUGGCGCAGCCGGGCGAGAGCGAGGACAGCACCCCGGGGUGCAAGGCGACGGACGGCGUGUGCGUGACGGCGAGCGGGCCCUCCUGCGGGGCCCGCGCCUCCUGCCUCGCCGAUUGGGGAUCCUUCAGCUGCGAGUGUCACCCCGGGCACAGCGGACACAAGUGUGACACUGUGGUUCCAGAGUUCUCUUUGGAUUCCAACAGCGUGCUGAGGUUCCAUCUUCGAGGCGGAGGCAGCACCAACCGGCGCACCAACAUCCAGCUGCUCCUGCGGACCCGCGCCAUCGCAGGCACCUUGCUCUCCGUGACGUCUCGGGAAGCCGACGAGUACAUUGUGCUGGAGAUCGCGGAGGGCCACCUCUCAGUCCGGGCCAACCUGGGCGACGGGGCCCACGCCCUACGGCUUCCAGGUCAGCGUGUGGACAUGGGCCAGUGGGUGCUGGUGGGCCUCAGUCGCCACAACAACCUGUUCGCCCUUCGACUGGAGCAGGGCGGCGGCUCGCGGGAGGUCCGGGCUCGGCUGGGUAACCGACGGGAGCUGGUGGUGGACCCCAGGAGCAUCACGGUGGGGAGGGGACCCCACGGGGGAGAAGACGGCGACUUUCAGGGUUGCAUGCGGGACGUUCGUUUCAACGGCCGGAUGCUCCCUCUGGACGGGUGGAGUAGCGGUGAGCUGGUGAGCGUGCUGGAGAGGCGCGGCGUCACAUUGGGCUGCUUCAGCGACGCCUGCCGGGCACAACCCUGCCCCGAUCCGCUGCGCUGCGUCGACCUGUGGAGGAAACACCAGUGCAGGUGCCCCGGCGGUCAGGUGACACUGACCGAUGAGUUGGGCUCAGACCGCUGCGUGCCGUCGCCGUGCAGUCCCUCCUCGUGCCGUAACGCCGGCGUGUGCCAGCCGCUGUCGGCCAACAGUUUCCGGUGCCGUUGCCACAAGGGUUUCCGCGGGCAACGCUGCGAGCUGGGGCAGUACAGAGGGCACCGGCUGGCCGCCCUCAGCCCCAGCUCCAUCCUGGCCAUCAGCAUGUGUUUGCUCGUUUUCUUCGCCGUGCUGGUGGCGGUGACAGUGUGGAACCAGAAAGGAAGCCGCAACAAGUUUCGCAAGCGUGGCGUCUACCACAUCCCGGCCGAGCACGAGAGCUGGGAGGACAUCCGCGAAAACAUCCUCAACUACAACGAAGAGGGCGGUGGAGAACAGGAUCAGAAGGGCUACGACAUGACGGAGCUGAAGCGUCCUCUGUGUUCCAGCUUGUCUCAGUCGUCUUCAUGCACCACGGCUCCACUCAUCAAAUCGUCCCCGGGCUCGCAGGAGGAGGUGCGCCCCCCUUGCCCGCCCGGCCCCUCCUGCGCCACCUACCUCAGCAUCCCGCAGCCGCACCUCCACCCGCACCACCCUCCCCCGCUGUCAUCAUCAUCGUCAUCGUCGCACUCCCACGUGGACUUCAAGAGCUACGUGUCUCGCAUCGUUUGGGAAGCGGACCACGACGCCGAUGCGAUGCCGCGGGACGUCUUCCACGUGUGGCGAGAAGAAGGAUCCGGAACCCCAGCGGGAAGUCUCAGCUCGCUGGGAUACAACGGCGAGGAAGAGGACGACGAAGAGGAGACGGCGUAUGAUCGACUCUCGCGCUGGGGACCAAAAUUUCAGAUGCUGAGCGACAUGUACGACCGCCCGCAGGUGGCGCUCUCAUAUGUCAAUGACUUAAAACGGCCUCCGAGCCACUAGGGGGCCACCUCAUAUUCUCGACAUUCCGUUACUUUUCCACAAAAGGAAAAUUGAGAGGUUGGAUUACAAAAUGGAUGCCAUCCGCCAUCUUUGAAGAGGGCAGAGUGAAGUUUUUCAACAUGGCGGCAACAAUCAUUUCACGUUUUAGAUGCUUCUCCAGCGUCACUUGUGGUCCUUCACACUCUCUGCUUUACACUUAAAAGUUCCUGGAACUUGUAGUUCCUCGAACGAAAGACCUGCACUGCAGACUCUACUCCAAAGGUUCCUGGGCCUCUCAAAAGUACUACAUCCUCUCGUUGAAUUUCCACCUAAAGUUUUCGAACUUUUUAGUUCUUGCUAGGUGUAGUUGUUGGAACUAAAAGUCUUAACAUUCCAAACACUGUCAUCUGGUCCUCUCAAAAGUGCCCCCACCCCCCUUCUGAAAUCCACCUAAAGUUCCUGGGAAUUUCUUGUUUUUGGUCAAUUUUAUGUUCAGUGCUUCAGAUCUCACCAAAGUACAACCUGCCUUGCCACGUUUUCACACAACGUUCCAGGAAUAUUUUAAUUAGUGGUAUGUUCAAGGGCUACAGACCUCACCCUAAAGGUUCCUUUUGAGUUAAAUUUUCAGUUCUAGGUACGUAAAGUUUCUGUAACUAAUAAAAUACUUACCACCCUGUGAGCAAGGUCCUAUUUCUUUGGCCCUGAUAAAUUCUCCUGGAGCUAAAUUUGACAAUAUUGUGCUUCCUCAGGUCCAAGUGUUUCUGCGGUAAUGCUUGUCCUUCACUGGUGACAUGUGAUUUUAGUUUUUUCCAAAUCAAGAAUAAAAGUGUUGAGUUAGUCGUCAGCUGACUUAGGAAUGUACGUUUAUCUUGGAACUUUUUGCAAAAGCAAAGCGAGAACACUCAAUCAUCCUGACUUGAUGGAGUGUCACUCACUGGCGCCACUUUCAAAAAUGAAAUUAUUGUCAUCUGAAUGACUGAAGAAGAAUGCGACGGAAGAAGAAUCGUCCAUUUUCCGUGGAGAUGAUUUUGGCUGGAAACAUUUUCAGUUGCCAAUUGAGUUUAAAGCUAAAAUCCUUUCCCCUAUAAACUAUGCACCUGAAGUGUGAGUGCUGCUGCUUCUUUUUCGUUCAAUUAGAAAACUUGAGUGUUUGUUGUUUCUUUGAAUUGUACGAUACGAUGUAAAUAUGGACAUUGUAAAACUACC